GUGUUGAGGCAUAGAUAGAAAGAAAGCAAAAAGGAAAAGAUGUUGAAGGUGAAGGUGUAUGCGGACCGCAUGUCCCAGCCAUCUCGUGCCGUUCUUAUCUUCUGCAAAGUUAAUGGAAUAGAAUUCAACGAGAUUAAAGUUGAAAUCUCCAAAAGACAGCAGUUAUCUCCCGAAUUUGCAGCUAUCAACCCUUUCAAGAAACUCCCUGCUAUUGUUGAUGGAAGGUUCAAGCUAUUCGAGAGGAUGUAUGGUGUGGCCCUGGAAUUGGACUCACAUCAGAUCAUGCUUCUGCUUCUGUGGAUUGUGUGGUGGCAAGGAAGAAUGCUUCUUCAAGAAGGAACCUUGAUGCUGUUGAGAGAGCAACACAUAGGGAAGAGUUCUUGAUUGCUUAAUUGAUCAAAGACUAUACAUUGGUUUGCCUGAUGCCAAGCAAAGAGUCCAAAUUUUUGGUGUGCAUAGUUCUGGAAAGCAACUUGCU